AGGCGUGUGUAUCAGAAUGCUUUCCUCCUGAUAUGUGUAAUGAGUUAUUGGCGUAAUUUCUUUUAGUUUUUUUGCAGAUAAGCUUUUGCACAUACCUUUUUUUAAUAACUUUUUUUGUGUGUAUCUAAUCUUGGCCUAGCUUUUAUUUGGAUCCAGUUUCGUCGAGUUGCAGUCCAAUAACAUUUGAUUCAAUCCCAUGAAACCAAACCUGAAUGAGUUCUCAUUUACUCGCAGGCUUUCCGCAGGCGGCGGGUGGCCGCUUAGGGAGUGCACUUUGCCUUGACGUGACAAAGCCUGGAUCCUCUGGACCAAGCAGCAGCCACAGGAGCUGCCUGCUGUGGGAUAUGUGCGAGUUUGCAGCCCCGCCCUCAAACACUGGACACAGCUGCACAGAGAACCGGCUGCCUGUCAGCCUGACUGAGGACCGACACACUUCCCACAGCAGUCCGUGUUUGAAGUCACUUGAAGGAAGAGGAGUUUGGAUUGAGUGGACUUUUGAGACUGGGCAUGACGGCGAGGGCCAAGCUGAGGGUGUGACCACAUCUGGCACAGACUGCUGAAGUAAGCAGGAGCCUCGGCACAUUAAACCAUCUACUGCAGCGGGGAAGGAUGGGAGAGGCAGAGGAGGAGAGGGAUAAUGUGGGAAAGCUGUUUGAGGACUUUGUUCAGGCCUCGACCUGUAAGGGAACCCUUCAGGCCUUCAGCGUCCUCUGUCGGAGGCUGGACAUCGACCCUGCGGACAAUGACACCUUCUACAGCAGUCUGAAGGCGAAGGUCACCUCCUGGAAGGCCAACGCACUCUGGAGUAAACUAGACAAGAGGACGUCCCAAAAGGAGUAUAAGAAUGGCCAAGCCUGUAUGGAGACCAAGUGCCUCAUCAUCGGAGGAGGCCCCUGUGGCCUGCGGACAGCCAUUGAGCUCGCGUUGAUGGGCGCCAAAGUGGUGGUGAUCGAGAAGAGGGACUCCUUCUCCAGGAACAACGUGCUGCACCUUUGGCCCUACACCAUUCAUGACCUACGGGGCCUCGGGGCCAAAAAGUUCUAUGGCAAAUUCUGCGCAGGAGCCAUAGACCACAUUAGUAUUCAGAAGCUGCAGCUGGUCCUUCUGAAGGUCGCUCUGAUUGUUGCUGUGGAGUUUCACGUCAAUGUGGAGUUUGUGACGCUGUUGGAACCUCCAGAGGAUCAGGAAAAUGAAGGGCUCGGGUGGAGGGCUGCAGUCCGACCUGCUGACCACCCCGUGGCUAACUUUGAGUUUGAUGUUGUGGUCGGGGCUGACGGACGCAGGAAUACUCUGGAAGGUUUCAAAAGGAAGGAGUUCAGGGGCAAACUGGCGAUAGCCAUCACAGCCAACUUCAUCAACAGGAACACCACUGCAGAGGCCAAAGUAGAAGAGAUCAGCGGCGUGGCCUUCAUCUUCAACCAGAAGUUCUUUCUUGACCUCAAAGAGGAGACUGGUAUCGAUCUGGAGAACAUUGUGUACUACAGGGACAACACGCAUUACUUUGUCAUGACUGCCAAGAAACAGAGCCUGCUGGACAAAGGAGUCCUCAUUAAUGAUUACAUCGACACCCAGAUGCUGCUGUGCAGUGAAAAUGUCAACCAGGAAGCUCUUCUGUGCUACGGCCGAGAGGCCGCUGACUUUGGCACCAACUACCAACUUCCCACGCUGGAUUUUGCCAUGAACCACUGUGGGCAGCCAGAUGUAGCAAUGUUUGACUUCACCAACAUGUACGCCUCUGAGAACGCUGCUCUGGUCAGGGAGAGAUUUGGACACCAGCUGCUGGUAUCACUGGUUGGUGACAGUCUGCUAGAGCCCUUCUGGCCCAUGGGGACGGGAUGCGCCAGAGGCUUCCUGGCUGCCUUUGACACGGCCUGGAUGGUGAACAGCUGGGCUCAGGGUCGGACAGCUCUGGAGGUGCUGGCAGAGAGGGAGAGUAUUUACAGACUACUUCCUCAGACAACAAAUGAAAACAUUGCCAAAAACUUUGAUCAUUACACCAUAGACCCGGGGACUCGAUACCCCAACCUCAACUCCUCUUGUGUCAGGCCACACCAGGUGCGUCACUUGUUCAUCAGCAAAGAGCUGAAUUCCUGCUCUCUGGAGCGUUCUGCUACCAUCCGUCGGCCGGUCAACCUCUGCAGACGGGAGUCCGAGAUUAGACCGGCGAGGCUGCUUACCUGGUGCCAGAAACAGACCGAGGGCUACAGGAAUGUGAUGAUAACAGACUUGACGUCUUCUUGGAAAAGCGGUAUCGCUCUCUGCGCCCUCAUCCACAGGUUCAAACCCCAGCUGAUAGAUUUUGACUCAUUAAAUGAGGAAGACCACUCUGCAAACCUCCAGCUGGCUUUAGACAUCAGUGAGCAGGAAUUUGGUAUCAAAUCGUUUACAUCUGUGAAGGAGCUGAGUCCCGAUGAGCAGCUGGAUAAGAGCCGGAUGGUCACCUACCUGUCCAAGUUCUACGAGCUGUUGCGCGGCACACCUCUAUCUGCCUCAGGUUCCAGGGGAGUGGAUGAAAACAAUGAAGAUUAUCCAUCUAAGGAAGUCAGAAGUAAUAAUAACGUACUCAACCUUGCUCUGCCCAGGAAACGGGUACCGAAGGAUGAAAAGAAGUCCGACGGUCCAGAUCCCAUUUACAAAAGGAGGCGGAAACUCUGCAGUUAUCUGGAGGAGGCCACCAAUAUGUCGAGUAACGGCUCUGCAGUGCCAGAGGACCGAGAGCCCAAAGAAAACAAAGUGCGCUCAAUGGCGACUCAGUUGCUGGCCAAGUUUGAAAACACAGCCAGCUACACGGUCCGGAGAAAACAGUCAGACUGUGGGAGGUCCUCCCCACUUCAAACUCUUGACCUGGCUGAGGAUGUGCCCAUUAAACUCAGGCCUCCGGUCCCACCUGAACCUCCUCCUGAGAUGCAGUUUGAGGUCAGUCUCAGAAAAACUGCACAGCACUUAGUGCGCCUGCCUCCAAAGACUCUGCCCAAACCUCAGUCCCAGCAUCCAUUUUGUGGAGUGAAGCUCAGACAUGUUGACCGGAUGCUCCCUGAGAUGAAGCCCCAGCCUCAGCCGGAGAGUGCAGACCGGCCUGCUUCUUCUUCUCCCUCCUGCCGCUCGGCAAUCCAUUUCAUGACGAGAGUGCUCCAGCGCCUCAGGGAGGUGGACGAACACGUCUCUGAGAAAAAAGCUCAGACGCAACAGGCUAGAGAGUUUCACUCAAAGAGUAUAAAGGAAAAAGCUGUUCACCUUAGUGGGUUGGUCUCAUCAGACAGCUCGGCUGUACUCCAGGGCGGCUCGGUGCGAAGGGCGUUCCCCCCGUCGGGUGACAAGUGUCACUCCUGCGAGAGGCGUGUCUACAUGGUGGAGAGGGUCUGUGCCGAGGGACUCCACUUCCACAGGGAGUGUUUCCGCUGUUCCACCUGCAGCUCUGCCCUGCGACAGGGAGCACAUGCAUUUGACUCUGAACAGGGAAAACUGUACUGCAAACUUCAUUUCGAUCAACGCAACAACAGGACAAACCUACAGAGGACUUUCUCUCUGCGCUCAACUCGAGCUGGAGCUCAGGAGCGAUGUGUGGAUGAUGGACAGAGCUCGGAGUCCAGCAGCACAGCAGCCCUGCCGAGUGAACCCUCAGCAGGUAUCUUCAGCUCGUUCACGAGGAAGCACCUGAGCCGGCCUCUGAGUGUGAUUCGUGCCGUGUGUAACACCCCCAGCUAUCUGUCCCAUCGUGUGUGUAGUACAGCACAGGCCCUCGGCGGCCACCUGAGGGCCAAUGCCCGGGACUAUGCGUCCCUGUACGAGCUGCUGAGUAUGAGCUUGCCCCUGCUGCUUGUUCUCCAAGAGGUCCUGCUGCACAUGUACACAGAGGCUGUGCCUGAUGAGCCCAGCUCUCUGCAGCCUCUGCUGCUGUGGCUGCAGGAGCAUAUCGGCCACACGCUCAUCUAGACACUCAGCAGACUCCAGCUUUUGUCAUAAAACCAUUUGUAGCCGUGCACAAGCACCUUUUGUAUUGUUUACUUUUUUAUGAUACUGCUCUCGGUGUCUUGGAUUUACUCGUACAUCAGUCAAAGAAGGGACACUGUAGGUUGCUAAUGCUACUUUUUUGCAAAUUACCAAAGGGUUUAAUGAAAGCUGCACCAAAUAUGUUUGCCUUGGGUUUGAUGUGGAAGCUGCACAUAAUUUUCACAGUUAGAAUAAGGUAAACAAAUAGAUUUAAUGUCGUUAGAAUGAAAAGAAAAACGGGCCACAGUCGGUGCACUUGAUACUGCUGAGGUCAUCUUGCUGUCGAACUUUUUAGAAAACUGUCUUGGAAAAUGAACCUUGCCGUUAAACUGGCUUAACUCAGGUUAUGACUGACUAGAUUGAUGCACUUUAUUUGUGGGAACUGCCUCGUCACUGCAGCGUUAAACUGUCGCAUUAAAAAGCCAGCGCGCAUGUUAACGCUGACCACCAGACAGGUUUUCUUUUGACUAUGCAUAUGUGCUUUUGACUGAUGCUUUUUUUUCUUGAAUGUCUGUUUUAUGCACAACAAUUUGCUCAUAAUUUUAUACUUUCACCAUUCGGCUUACUUUCAUGAGCAGUUUUUAUUGAUUCUUAAACGGAUAACUCCAAAGAAUCUGGUGAGUUUCUCUCAGUUUUUAGUUCUCCUUUGCUGCCAUCUACUGUUGACUUUCAGAAAGACUGAAAACAAAAUGAGAUUCCCCACCCCUUCAUUUUUUUUUUUAAACCUCUAUGCAGAACGUUACAGACAAUUACAUUUCAAGUUAUUGAUUUUUGAUUCAUCUUCUGGUUUACUGUCGUCGAUAGAAGCUGGUGAGAAUGCUGUGAUGUGUUUGAAUGUGCUUGCCACUCUUCAAGCAUGGUGUUGCCUCUUUAACUGGAAGCUACACAGUUGCUUCCUUUUCAGAUACACGAAUCUAUUGAUGCCUAUGAAGCACUUCAUGCUCAUGAGUUUGGUUGAUUUAAUAUUUGAAAAUGAUAUUCGCAAACACUUCAGGCAUUAUUUUAAGGAUUUACAGCAUGUUUUGCUGGAUAUGAUGAUUUUUUUCGUCAGCUCCAUUAAGUUAAUUUACUAUAUCUGCUGCAUUUAAUAUGAGCUGGUUGACAGUGUUAUAAGAUGCCAAAGAACUGUUCUCGCACACAAUGACUGGACUUGUGUAUCAUUUAUUUUAUACAUCGGUAUGACGACUUUCAAUGUGUAAUGGUGGCCACAUGCACAUAUGGCCUUCAUUAUAAAUGUCAGUAUUUUACUUUGUUUUCAUAAAAAAUUCUACCUGUU